CCAACUAGUAAAACUUGUAAGUGUGUGUAUCUGUGUGGGCUUGCUUAAUCAUCGUUUUCGAGAGCGGAAGGUGGUCCCGCGCAUGCGUCUGACAUUUUUCGGCCAUAUUGUUAUGACGCAUACAAGAUCAUAGGUCUCCGCCAGUGACGACUCUGCUCACAGUUGACGUGGCUACUACGUACCAUCCCGUUCGCCCACUCCGGACGCAGCAUAGACGGUGACGAGGAAUACGUAACUGGACUUUCCUGUGAACAGCUUUCUUAUCGGAAUCAUAAUACCUAUGAUGUGAAUCUGUUUUGAAACUGAACUAUUCUGACAAGCAAGGCAUACACAGAUUGUUGACCUUGAAUAUUUUAGGUGACCCUAUUGGAAUGGACGGAAUGGUGGAAGAGAAUGGCUCAUCUGGAGGAGCGGGUUCUGGAGAUCCUCUGGGGAAUGCGGGCCCCGCCGCGGCCAGCUCCACGCCGCAUGUAGUCGCCGUGACCAGCAUUGUUCAACUUACGCUCCCCUCGCAGGCGCCGUCAGCUCAGGUUCAGUCUGUAAUUCAACCAAAUCAACAGUCUGUUAUACAAACAGCAUCCAAUAUUCAGUCUGUGCAGUUACCAAAAGGAAAUGUCAUUCUUGUAAGCAAACCAAGUUCUGUAAUACAUACCACCCAAGGGACAUUACAAACUUUACAGAUAAAACCAGAACCUAACACAUUAGUAAGCUCUCAAGGACAGUCUUGCAGUGACGAGAGUUGCAGUGAUGAUGAAGGGCCCAAAAGGAAAUACAGGGAAAUGCUGACAAGGCGUCCAUCAUACAGAAAGAUAUUAAAUGAUCUUGGAGGAGCUGAAAUUGCAGAAAAUCGCAUGGGAACUAAACCAGGAUGCGAGAAUGAAGUGUCGCUGUCAUCUCCUUUGUCCUUUGCGCCAGGUCAGUUAAAUGUGCUGCUGCUGACACUACUUUGUUUCUGUGUGCAACAUGUGUCACUAACCUGUUACAUCUUAAUUAUCCUCCUACAUAGCUCAUAACUAAAUUCAGCUUCA